AUGGCAACUAACUUUGCUCCCAUCUCCACCCCUAAAUCCAACUCCAAGAUCUGUCGCUAUCCUAUUUCUAAAGAUACACCAUCAAAAAUCUCGUCACCUAGUAUAGCCCUCAUCCAGCACGCUACAACCCUCACAAACACGCUCUCAGAGAUUAUGUGCGAACUUACCUUUAUCAGUGGUGAACUAUCCAAUCUCACAGAUGAACACGUGGCAAUCGAAACUCAACUAGAGGAGCUUCACAAAAGAGAGAAUACGAGAUGGAUAGAGAGCCGGAGAAGACUUGCGGAUUCGAACAACCGUGCUAGCAAACUACAAAACAAAUCACUCUCGCGUAUUGAUGGUGUACUAUACGCCUUCUAUGAUCGAAACAGCGGGAAGAAGCUCGAUAUGUUUCCCGGAAGGGUGGAAUACAUUGAGUGGAUGAGUGACAAAUCGAUAAUAAUUAUUCUAAAGGCUCUCGAUGAGGAUCUACCGGCCGAUUUGAAAGAACUCAAAGCAUGUUUUAAGAAGGCGAUCGGGAUUAGUAUUUAA